CUUUUUCUUCACAAAAUUAAGCACAACAGUCUUGGACCGAAUUGAGUCAUUACAGAAACAUCCUGAAACAAUUGAAAUAUGAUCUUAUCUCAGUUUCGUAUGACAUUUAGCAUUUUUGGUAUUACAGAAACAUUCUAACUUAACAAUGUCCUAUGUUGGAGUCCAUUUCAACUUAGUCCUACAGUCACAAUACUGGUCACUAACUGUCAGUGACAACAAAGACAUGAACAAUGAAAUACUAUGAUUGACAUGCUACUAAAAUUAUUAAUGCAGUACAAACAAACCAAGUCUCUUGUAGAAGAAAAUACUGUUAACGUAUCAGCAUACAUUUCAUUGACCAUGUAUAAGGGGGUAUAUUUCCUCACCACUGACACAACUGAUGCCUUCAAAUCACUGGGACUUUUCUUGUCAAUACAGCAAGCUAGUCAUACAUGAGAUGAGAAAGCCAUUGUCAAGGAUACAAGCAACAGCAUGUACACACUUAACACAGAUACUGGCAAGAUGAGUGCAAACAAAGUUGACAGUUCUAGUCAGGCAAUCUAAAAGAUACAACACAAGGUCUAAAACAGGUUAGGACAUAGUCAUGAGUAUAUUAAUUGCCUUUGACACUUCAGAUAGAAAAAAGUAGUUUGGAGAUGUUUCUGUGAUGAAGCCCUGGGAAUCAUGAUGAAAACACAUAAUUCUAUGAAAUACUUAGAUCAGAUGUGAAUAUCCUGUUAUUGUUAAUCAGCCCAUAAUGUUAUAGAGCACAUGUUUCUAAAAUGUAAACAGUUGAGAUUUAGGUUAUUUAAACACUGUUAAGCAAACUAGAUAUAAAACAAAUUUAGCAGGACAGCUUGCUGAAGUAUAAUAUAUCACUGUGCUUUGCAGUGCUUGCAUUUCUAUUAAUUGAUAGCAAAGUAGCUGUUCUAAAAUCUGACAGAAACAUGCAGUUUAUCCAAGCACAGGGGGUAGAUGUUUGUUCUGGUGGAUGAUUUUACUUUGUGAUGUUUGUGGUGCCAUUAGCCUGCUUGUAUGUCUGCUUGUCUAGAAUUAGAAUCAGAAAUGUCUUUAUUAGUUCCACAAAUGGGAAAACGUAUGCAUCACUGCAGCCAAAGGACAGUUCAAUAUAACAAACAAUCAUAACAGUAAAUAAUAAACAAUAUAAUAAAUAGGUAAGAAGAAGAUCUAGAGCAGAAAUACAAAAAGAAUUACAUAAGAUGUACAUAUACAAACAGUGUAAUUAUAAACAGAGUGGACAGUGUAUUGUUAUCAAUGAAAAAUAAACAUGACUAUACAUUGAUGAGGCUCUGGAAAUUCUGUUUUCAGUGGUGGAAGUUAAUCAUUUGUUUAUGUCAGAGGACUUAAUUUGUUAACACACCACAUCAACAGCAACCAACACUGGUCAUCUAAAUUCAGAAACUUUUAGCAAUUAGAAACUCAGUGUGUAGUGUGUAUUAGCAAUACAGCAAUUAACAUGCAUUGAUUUAUAUAAGUAUGACAUCUUUUAAUGUAUACUACAUUACACAAAAGAGAAAUGUAGUAUACAUUAAAAGAUGUAUACUGUAUACUACAUUACACAAAAGUGUAAUGUAGUAUACAAAUAUAAAUUAUAUUCCCUGUGAAACUGCAAAUAUGAUGACAUAGUAAUGUUGCUUGGACUACUUUACAUGGAUGUUAAUAGGAGGCCUUUGAUUGGAUGGCAGAGUGUAUCUAGUAUGUAGGAUUAUUUAGGUUGCUUCUAUGCUGUGACUCUGAUCACAGGAGAAAGGUUUCACUAUGUUUCUCUCAAGGUCCUCUCUCUGCUGGGAUCUGUUGGGUUAUCUCUGAGGUUUUGGUGCAUGUCUUUGGGUUUAUGAUGACUGAUUACUUUUCUCAAGAGCAGUUGAUGUACUGUGUUCCAGGCAGCAAUGCCUCAUGUGUUAUGGAACACUUCAGUUUUUGGACUAAUUUUGCCCUGUAUUUGGUGUUUCUUUCAUGCAUGUUGGUUACCAUUUUAGGGAACUCUGUUGUCAUCUUGUCAAUAUGUCAUUUCAAACAGUUGCAUAGUCCUACCAAUGUGCUCAUUCUAUCCCUCGCUGUGGUCGAUCUACUAGUGGGUGUUAUUGUGAUUCCCAUUUGCACCAUCACAACAAUUUAUGGCUGCUGGUUCUAUGGCGAUACCUACUGUCAAAUACACACCAGUUUUGAUGUGUUUUUCACCACUCUUUCUAUCUUGCACCUAAUUUGUAUUGCUGUUGAUAGAUAUCAAGCAAUAUGUAAUCCUCUGCAUUAUUCAAGAAAAAUCACAAUGUCAGUGGCUGUGAUGAUGGUGUGUGCCUGCUGGUCACUGGCUGCUGUCUACUCUUUUGGACUAUUUUUCUCAAAAACCACUGUUGCAGGGUUAGAGGAUUUAAUGUCAUCAACAGACUGUCUUGGCAUUUGCAACAUUUAUCUUAGCCCCCUUUGGGGAAUAUUGGACAGCACUUUCUGCUUUUUCUUUCCCUGCACUGUAAUGGUUUGUCUUUACACUCAAAUAUUUGUUGUGGCUAAAAAGCAUGUAAGAAAGAUUGGAGAUAAGAGUACCUGUUUAAAUGACAGAGGAAGAGGAGGGCUGAUCAGGGCUGAGUGCAAGGCUGCGAAGACUCUCAGUAUUGUGCUUGGUGUAUUCAUCUUUUGUUGGAUGCCCUUUUUUAUGAAUUCGAUAAUUGAUCCUCUCACUGGCUUCCGCACCCCUGGUCUGCUCUUUCAAGUAUUAUAUUGGUUGGGUUUCUUCAAUUCAGCCUGUAACCCCAUUAUUUAUGCCUUGUUCUAUCCCUCCUUCAAAAAAUGUUUUCAAUAUAUUAUCACUCUGAAAAUAUUCAGCUCAAAUUCUUCAACUAUGAAUCCAUCUGUUAAAUGACAAAUCAGUGGCAACUGAAUUGCCAUCAAUGAUAACAGGUUUUUGUGUUUUUCAAAAGAAAGACUUUAUCACAGGAGUAAUGGUACAUUUUGUCUGAAAACAUAGUUACUGGGCAUCAUGUCUGUCUUUCCAUGUGAUCAUGUUACACACUAUUUUUCAUGUUUUCAGUCAGAAAAAAAUCCAGUAAUUAUUACUUGUAGACUCAAUUCCUAGUGAUAUUAAAAUAUAGCCCCUGAUCAAUUUAUACUUUUAACAAUGCCUAUAUCAGCACCAAUACAAAUUACAGAACCAUUUUGUAAAUUAAGCAUUACUGUAUCAUAUGUUCUUGCAUUUGUCCAUUUUAGCCCACGUUUACUACUUUAGGGCUUUUCUGUCUUACUGCAGUAACCCAAGCUGUCAUCUUUACCCAAAAGCCCUGAGAAAGUAUCUCAGAAAAAAGUGAAAUUGAAUGAAUACUAUGGAUCACGUUAAUGACUUGAAAACCUCUGUCCACCUAAUUCACUUUCAUGGAUUACACAGAUCAGGAUAAAACAUAUUUAGUAACCUUACAUAUUCACCAAUUGAAUUACUAUGUAGUUACAUGUAAGUUUAGUGUUUGAAAUGUGUCGUGAAUAAAAUUAAAAGCAUUAUUACAUGAACCAAACACAAUUCAUUGUUGUCUGUUUUGUCUGAUACUUCAGAAUUUGAAUCUUCACUAUUAUGAAUUACUGUGUCUAGUCUCAGUCCCUGGUGUGAACAAAUCUGGUUGUGCCCUUCACAGAUCCCCGAAGAACAAAUCUCGCAAUUAACUGGUUGCUUGUUUCCUUUUAUUGGUCUUUUGAAAGUAUGGUUUUCUGGACCUUUGUGCUGAUUUCAUCAUCCAUUGGCUCCUUUGCAUUUAAAUAUUGGAUUUUGACACAAAAAUCAGCCUGACCAUUAUAUCUGCUGGCAUAAAUUACAUUCAGUGUAUCUUGUUUCUCCUUCGGCAGCUGGAUGCCCUCUCACAUACAGCCUCAGAGACUACAUCAUGUAGCAUCAGAAUAUGGGCAAAUCUCUCCAACUGGCCUCCAUAACAUGCAAUAGAAUUAGCACACCACAAUACAUUGCAAAAGCCUUCAUCUGAAUCCACUCUGAAACAACUUCUUUAUUUAUGCUCCACAAAUAUGGGUUGCAGUAUUUCAGUUAUUGUUCAGUCAUUUGGGACCACCAUUUCAGCAGCAAAACUAACUUAUUUUCCAUGUGACACUAGUUAGACAAGUCUGUAAUUUUCUGAUAACAUGAUAUUUAAUUAACUGCUGUAUUUGUAUGUUAAUAGCAGGCAUUUAAUUGGAUGGCAUAGUGCAUCCCAUGAUUAUGUAGAUGGUUUCAUUGCUGUGACUUUAGUUACAAGACAGAGGAUUCACUAUGUUUUUCCCAUCCUCCCUUCCUCUCUCUGUUAAAUUAUCUCUGAGGUUUUGGCAUAUGUUGCUGAGUUAAAGAUGACCUAUGAAUUGUUUCCAGAACAGUUGCUGUUUUCCAGACAGCAAUGCCUGAUGUGCCAUGGUACAGUUCAGUAUUGUAAAUCAUUUUCUCUUCCACCAUUUUACUAGUAGGUGUUAUUGCAAUGCCCUUUAGUGUCACCCAGACUGUCCAUGGCUGUUUGUUCUAUGGCGAUGUAUUCUGUCACCUGCAUUCCAAUUGUGUGUUGUUUCUGACCAUUAUUUCUAUUUUACACUUAAUAUGUGAGGCAUCUGGGCGGCCUACACAUUUUCACAGAUUUAACUGCGAAAGAUUAAUUUUCCCUAUGUGAGUUAAGAAAGGUGGCCGGUGUGGGAUUUACAUGUCCAGGGGUCCCAGAGCCAUUAAUCAGCUCUCUGUGUGAGUUAAAGAUUAGCUAGAGGACGAGGCCCAUACAGAGUACUAAAACUGAAUUUGACUCUCAUCUCAGAUGAUUGGAGAUGUCUAAACACAUACAUUUCCUCAGAAGGACAGAGAGACCAUUUGGUCUCUUUUAGGGUGUGAAGAGUGACAGCAGCAGAGUUAGGUGAUUUACAGGAGAUGAGCAGGGAGGCAGACCAACUCCUCUUUCUUCCACUGGAUGGAAGGACCCUCAAUCCACAAAAGUGACCAAUUAGAAGAAGUAGGCAGGUGUGGGCGAAUGGACUCUAAAAAGGCCUGCAGAGGCAGAGAAAGAGAGGCGGUAACUUGCAGAUUUCCUAAAAUCAAAGGUUUGAGAGGAUUUCUGGUAGAGCAGAGGGCAAAGCAUUGAGCAGAACUUUGCCAUAGACUGGGGGAUACCAGGGUGCGGCCACACUGGUUCAGACGCAGGCUUGAGAUCUGUUUCAAUAAAGAUUGCUCUAUCGUUCCACCCAAUCUUGCUCCGCAGAAUUCUUUCAUCAUCAAACUACACACCGACACCGCAAAUGAAGACAGCCCAGAAACAAAAUAUGCUUUCCAGGGUGCCAACUUUUUACCUUUGUAAUCUUGCUGAGGGGGACAUGGGUGUUUCGUAGACUUGGACAAGUCCCCCAAGGAAUUCUUACUGCGGGGGUAUGUGCUACCAGGCUCACUGCUACAAGCUAACCAGUUCCUGUAUGAGUGAGGUGAGGCAGAAGGUGAAGCUCCAAAUGUACCAGUCCAUCCAUGUUCCGACUCUCACCUACAGUCACAAGCUGUAGGUAGACUAAAAGAAUGAGAUCGCCGAUAAAAUCAGCUGAAAUUACUUUUCUCCAUUGCUGGGCUCAGCCUGAGGGAUAGGGUGAGGAGUUUAGACAUCCGCAGGGAUCCCGCAGAUGCCUCAGGAUGCCUCAGGAGUAUCUGGAAAGCUUUGCUGGGGAGAAGGAUAUCUGGAAUAUCCUUCUAAUCCUGCUGACUCAGAGACCUGAUCCGGAUGGAUGGAUAUUAAAAGGGCACUUUGAAAUUACAAAUGGCCCAGGGUGUGUCAGAACACAAACUGGUGCUCAAAAUGACUAUUUCCAAAUGCACCCUCAGUUUAGUGUGCUUUAUCUUUCCAGCACAUCAAAAUAUUAUAUUUAUGUAAUUAAGAAUAGACAAAUUCAUAUGAAACUAUGAACUGUUAAUUAGUUAAUUAGUGUGCAUAUUGCAAAUAUUCUGAGUGGUGUAGUGUAUUGGAAUGUUAUGAAAGCUCGGAUUGACUUUUAACAACUGUAAACUCUGUGUGCAGUGUAUCAACAAUACAGCAACUAACAUGCAUUAAUCUAUGUAAGUAUGACAUCUUUUAAUGUGUACAACAUUACAUAAAACUAAAUUAUUUUCCUUGUGAAACUGCCAAUAUGAUGACACAGUAAUGUUGCUUGGAUUACUUUACAUGUAUGUUAAUUGGAGGCUUUGGAUUGGAUGGCAAAGUGUAUCCAGUAAUUAUUAAGGUGGCUUCUAUAGAGUGACUGAUUACAAGAGAAAGGUUUCAGCAUGUUUGGAUUUAUGAUGAGUGAUGACUUUUCUCAAGAGGAGUGGAUGUACUGUGUUCCUGGCAGUAAUGCCUCAUGUGUUAUGGAACAGUUCAAUUUUUGGACUAAUUUUGCCCUCUAUUCCGUGUUU